AUGGAAGUUGAGGUAAAAUUUCGGAUUCCAGACUCAAACUCCCACCAAAAACUUUCUACCAUCCUCUCUCCUUUCCACACCAAAACCUUGAUCCAAGAAAACAUCUUCUUUGACACCACAAACUCCAAACUCUCCUCAAACCUCGCAGCUCUCCGUCUCCGUUUCUACAAUCUUGAUUCCUAUUGCAUCCUCUCUCUCAAAGCCAAACCUAUCCUGUCAAAUGGCAUAAGCCGCGUUGAAGAGCAAGAAGAGCCCGUUGACCCCAUGAUUGCCCGCAUGUGCGUUGCCGAGCCCUGGAAGUUAAUAGGGUUGCUGGAGAGUUCAAAGAUAAUACAGAGAGUCAGAAGGGAGUUUGGGGUUGGAGAAAACGCGGGUCUUGUUUGUUUGGGUGGGUUUAAGAAUGUGAGGCAAGUGUUUGACUGGAAAGGCUUGAAAAUUGAGCUUGAUGAGACAAUUUAUGAUUUUGGAACUAGUUAUGAGAUUGAGUGUGAGAGUAAAGAGCCUGAGAAAGAUAAGGAGUCGAUUGAAGGGUUAUUAAAGGAUAAUGGGAUUGAGUUUUCCUACUCAAAAUCUAACAAGUUUGCAGUUUUUCGAUCUGGGAAAUUGCCCUAA